AUGUAUGUGAAAUGGUUUGAUACAGUAAUGUUUUACUGUUAUUUUAGUGAAUUUAUUGAAUGUCACUUUUUGUCAUUUUCAAAUUUCCCACCAGUUCCGUCCCCCGUACAUCCCAACGCUCGCAGGGGAUGGAACCCAGAUGAGAGAUGCCGGCAUCCGCCGGAGGACAUUACAGGGGACACUGCAGGAGGGACAUCGUGGGAGCGCAGGACAAGUUAAGUGAUCGAGGGAUCCUGGAGCAGCACCGCAUGGUAAGCCCAAGUGUAGCUCGGGGUUACCGCUUGUGCUACACUCGGGAAUACCGCCAGGGAGGCUAC